CUUUUUUCUGGCUCUUUAUCUCGCCCUCGUCCUGUCGCCUACGCUUACUCUGCUUCUCCAGAUCGGCGGUUUCAUAGAGGAUGGCGGGGCGGCGGGAUGGCCUCCUGGCGCGAUCCAAUGGAUCGCCCUCUCGCGGAUCCCGAAUCGCCAUGGCCGUCGCCGUCGGCGUCCUCCUUGGCUGCGUCUGCGCCUUCCUCUACCCGGACGGCCUCUUUCGUUCUUUCUCGACCUUGCCUUCCCACGGCCAGGAUUCGGCCGCUGAUUGGAGUCUGGGUAACUCAGCAAAAUGUGAAACAUCUGAGAGGACAAACGUGUUGAAAUCUGAGUUGGCAUCGCUCUCACAGAAGAAUGAAGAUUUGAAGAAACAGGUCAUGGAGCUGACGACAAAACUUAAAUUGGCUGAGCAGGGUAAAGAUCAGGCUCAGAACCAGUUCGUAGCUCUAGGAGAGCGGCGUAAAGCUGGCCCUUUUGGUACUGUCAAGUCCCUGAGAACAAAUCCAACUGUAGUUCCUGAUGAAUCUGUGAACCCUAGGUUGGCAAAGAUUCUGGAAAAGGUAGCUGUUAGGAAGGAGCUUAUAGUUGCACUAGCAAAUUCCAAUGUCAAGGAUAUGUUGGAGUUGUGGUUCCAGAAUAUUCAAAGAGUGGGUAUACCCAACUAUCUAGUAGUAGCUUUGGAUGAUGAGAUAGAAAGAUUUUGCAACUCAAGCAAAGUUCCUGUUUAUCGAAGAAAUCCUGAUGAAGGUAUUGAUAGCAUUGGAAGGAGUGGUGGAAAUCAUGCUGUCUCUGGAUUGAAAUUCCGCAUCUUGAGAGAAUUUUUACAGCUUGGGUACAGUGUUCUUCUUUCAGAUGUCGAUAUAAUCUACUUGCAGAACCCAUUCGAUCAUCUCUACAGAGAUUCUGAUGUGGAGUCAAUGAGUGACGGUCACAAUAACAUGACAGCCUAUGGUUAUGAUGAUGUCUUUGAUGAGCCUUCGAUGGGUUGGGCAAGAUAUGCUCAUACAAUGCGGAUCUGGGUUUAUAACUCUGGAUUUUUCUACAUAAGACCCACGUUUCCCUCUAUUGAGCUUUUGGAUCGUGUGGCGGACCGGUUGGCACGACAGAAGUCAUGGGACCAAGCAGUUUUUAACGAAGAGCUCUUUUUUCCUUCACAUCCAGGGUAUGAGGGCCUUCAUGCUUCCAAGAGGACCAUGGACAUGUAUCUCUUUAUGAACAGCAAGGUUCUCUUUAAGACCGUGAGAAAAGAUGCCCAUUUACGCCGGUUAAAACCUGUGAUCGUUCACGUGAAUUACCAUCCAGAAAAGUUUGCUAGAAUGAAAGCUGUUGUCGACUUCUUUGUGAACGGGAAGCAAGAUGCGCUAGACCCUUUUCCUGAUGGUUCACGGUACUAGUCAAUCUUCUUCUUGCAAUAUUGUCCCUGGCAAACUGCAAUUUCUAAGAUUCAUGGGUUAGUUUCUUUUAGGACACAACUUGGUGUGGUGUAAGUUGUGCUCCUAGUAUACUAUACGAACUAGCUAUUUCUUGAUAUGUUCUCUUGUUUGAAGAGUUCUAUGUCAGCGUUUUUUUUUUUUUUCCCGAGGUUUCCAUGGAACACUUCCAACUUGGAUGCUUUCACCUAAAUUCCUACCUCGUGAGUGAAACACUACACUUUUUGAGGGGGUCUGGAGCUUGUAACUUUUUUGGUUGAUCCAAUGUUGUAGAUUGAUACACUUAUCUGAAA